AUGGGAGACCUGCGUAAUCGGAGGAGCCCUCCUUCCCCUUCGCCAACCGAGACCGUCUCGUCCAUCGCCGGGCCUCAACCUCAUCACUUGCAACCCUCACGAUCGCCGCCGAUUUAUAGAGUUCCCCAUGAUAAGCAUGCGGAAAGUCUAUCGGUAGAAGGAAUGGCAGGUGGGGUGGAUGCGUCAAACAAAUCAUCAGCUCGGAGGGCUCGAUUUUCCCGUGAAGAUUCCACCGAACAUAGUGCGGGCCUCACCCCGGUCAUCGAGGACGCGCGAUCUGAAAGUGAGCGCCAGGAGGAACAAGGACGGAGCUCACAAACCUUGAAGGAGUUGCGAAGACAGAUGGAGGAGCUACUGGUGUAUCAGCAGAUGCAACAAACCCAAAAUCAGCGUCCCUCAUCAACGCGGCCACCCGAUCCUUCAACUGAAACUCCUCGAAAAAGGCGUCUAUCGGAUACGUCAGCAGAAGUCCCCCCCACCAUCAUACCACCGUCGUCUGAUUCUGUGGGCUCUGCGGGAACCAUCAAAGGUAUCGAUGUUCGAUCCACCGUUCGUCCGGUGGACCAAACGCCCUCAUAUCCUUUCCCGAGAGUCCACAAUCAAUCUCCAGCCGAGAUUGAUUCAACGUCGCGCCAAGGCCAAUUUCGACUGAAGCUCCCUUCUGAGAAGGCCAGAUCACCGUCGCCCACAGCUCACUCGGCGAAAGAAGAUCCUUCUGCGAAGACCCCGGCUUCAGCACCCGUCUUUCUGCCGACUGACCACAAGGAUAUAAUUGAAGACCCGGCGUUUGUAAACCCAAGUCUCUAUGACCUGACAUUGCAGCUCAAUGCGAACCCUGGACUCGAGGCCUGGUGGUCUAACUUGGCCGAGAUUUUAGAAUCCCAUUAUGGAGCGGAACGUAUCUCCCUUGCAGUCCCGGGAGAUUCGACUGAUCUGGAGAAUGUGCCAUGGGGCCAGAAGGCCUUUUUUAACAGGAAUGGCAGCACAUCAUCGGAAAAUAUCCAAAUUGCUCUACGAGACGAUCAGACGACAGAAACCCACGGUACCCGCAAAGGCAACGACCAAACCCAGGAAAACAAGGUUAGGAUGUCGGAUCCUCAUCCCAAGUCUUCAAAGCUUAGUCCUGCAGCGACUCGACCGUCCUUGAUGUCUCGUCAUUCCUUUGGUGGAUUCGCUCAUGGCAAGAAAAGCUUGCCACCAAUGCAUCUGGACGGUCAGCAGCAUGCGUCGAAGACAAAUACCGGCAAAAGCGAGAAAAAGAACGCCCGCAUUUCCGAAAGGGCCGAAUCCAUGCAAUCAUCGAGCAAUCACAGGCAUUCUACAAUCCAACCGAAACCGAACGAGCGUCCGAAUCUUUCAGUCCAUGGAUUGCGACAAGGUGUUUUCCCAGUAGCAAGAGCACUAGAGAUGGAAUCAGAUCCUCUCAUCAAACGCACCGGUGUAGUGAAGCUGUUUGGACGGAUCAAUCCGGUAGUUCUCACACGAGAAUAUUCGCCAGAGUCAAAUAAUCCUUUAUUCAUGCCAAGCGAGCCAGCUUUGAGCCCACUGGAGACGGUGCAGGUCACCCCGAAUCUCGAUGGCCCCAACGAGAUUGACCCUAUUGCGGCUGCAACCUCAGUGAAACAAGUCCCCACGAACCUCAACCCACCCAUGUUCGGACACUAUGACGAAUAUGAGCAGGUUCCUCAAUCACCCUGGUCUCAAUCUCCUGCACCUUCCCCAGCCCCUCGGACACAUGCAGAUCAAAACCCAUUCUUCACCAGUCAUACUGUCGAUGAAGGUGCUUUUUCGAAGAAUCCACCCGCGCACGACUACUCCAGCCCAUACCCUUUGGAGGCCAUCGGCAUCGAUCAGUCCAAGACUUUAAUACAUAUUCCUCUUCUACACGGCGGCUCCACCCGAAAUCCGUCACCAAUCCUGAGAUUCCCUGUUGCCGUUGUAUCAUUUAUGACCCCUGUCGUUCCCUAUCCGCCCAAUCUCCGACAAUCUCUCGCCCACCUAAUGCCACACUUGACGACCUCUUUCUGCUUGGCCCAACACUAUAGUCAACUGGAACGUCAGGUGGUCUCAAAGGUGGAGACUUUACGGUAUGGGAACCUUUUGGGACUUGGCGGAACAUUUUCCGAUGCAAGCAGCGAGUUGGAACUCGUAGCAGGAUUAAGUGGCCAUGUCAGCUAUUCUGUGGGCGACGAGAAUUCAAUGUCAGCACGAGCCAGCAUUGCCAGUCCCAGUGACCAAUCCUCCAUGAAAUUUAGUCCCGCGAUGUCUAGCAUUGGGACACCUGCGCUCGAACUUGGUCAAAUAGGCCUCGGCUCAGCAACCCAAUCCCCAGGCCUCCUUUCACGCACAGGUGAAGCUGGAGACAGCUACUUCAAUGUACCGCAGUCGAAGAGCACUCGUGAUAACAUUUACCCCCAGCGACCUCGCCUCGGGAAGCUCAAAUCUAAUUUUGUGUCGUCGACGUCGGAAUCCCCUGAAAAGUUACACAGGAAGGCUUCCACUGGCGAAGAAAGUCAUUUGCAAGAUCCAUCUGCUGCGCCUUCUCCGUGGCAGGAAAUGAGGCCGCCUCCGGUUGUGUCCCCGACUCAGCAGUCGUCACGCCAAGCAUCUACGAAUUCCUUUUAUGCCCAGUUUCAGCGGGACUUGCCACGGCCAUUUUCAGACACGAUAACGCAAUUGAUGCUGAAUUCUAUUCCCCUUCAUCUCUUUUUGGCCAGGCCACAAAGUGGCGAAGUCAUCUGGACUAAUGCCAAAUUCGACGCUUAUAGAAGGAGCAAACCACAGGAGCAAAAGCUGCGAGAUCCUUGGCAGAACAUCCACAGCAGCGAGCGAGACCACGUCUCCGGCGAAUGGGCAAAUGCUUUACGUACCGGCUCACAAUUCACGGAGCGAGUCCGUGUGAAACGGUUCAAUGACGAAAGUGCUUAUCGAUGGUUCAUUUUCCGCGCCAAUCCACUUUUGUCUUCAACCGGCGAGGUUCUAUACUGGAUUGGAUCCUUCCUUGACAUCCAUGAGCAGCAUAUUGCUGAACUCAAAGCGACUCAAGAAAGGGAAAAAUUUGCCACAGAUGCUAAAUACCGGGCCUUUUCAAACUCUAUCCCACAGGUUGUCUUCGAGGCCACAGAGAACCGUGGCUUGAUAUUCGUCAAUGAACAGUGGAAUCUGUACACAGGCCAAAGCCUUGACGAGGCACUUAAUUUUGGGUUCGCAAGACAUGUUCAUCCAGAUGACCUUGACAAGUGCGGUGGACUGUCGCUGCAAACGAAGCAAGAAUCGGAUGGAACUGGCACCACCGAAUCGUCUCAGCAAUCAUCCAACAUCCAUGGUGUUGAGUCUGUGCUCCAUGAACUUGUGGCGCGUGGUGUCGCAUCAUCCCAGAAAGAUGAAAAUGGGCGUGUUUUCUACUCCACCGAAAUUCGCCUCAGCUCUAAGGGUGGCGAUUUCCGAUGGCACUUGGUCCGCUUGGUGCGUGUUGAGACUAGUAGUUUCGGCAGUGAGGAAUCUUCCUGGUACGGUACCUGUACCGACAUCAACGACCGGAAGAACCUUGAACGGGAGUUGAACAAGGCUAUGAGUCAACUCAACAACCAAAUGGAAUCCAAGACAAAGUUCUUCAGCAACAUGUCACACGAGAUCAGAACUCCUCUCAACGGCAUUCUUGGUACGUUGCCAUUCAUCCUCGACACCCAGCUUGACAGCGAUCAAAGACGGAUGUUGGAUACGAUCCAGAAUAGUUCCACUGGUCUCCGUGAACUUGUAGAUAACAUCCUGGAUGUUUCAAGGGUCGAGGCUGGCAAGAUGUCGAUGGUUAACUCUUGGUUCCAUGUUCGGUCUAUGAUUGAGGAAGUGAUUGAUACCAUUUACUCCAAAGCAAUCGACAAGAAUCUUGAAGUCAACUAUCUGAUCGACUCGGAUGUGCCGGUAUUGGUUAUUGGCGAUCGCUUCCGAAUUCGACAGGUCCUUCUCAACCUAGUCGGUAAUGCGGUCAAAUUUACUUCCCAAGGCGAAGUUCAUAUCGGUUGUAACCUUUACCAUCACAACACUACAAAGGCCAAGGAAACAGAGGUUUUCCUGAACUUUGACGUUGUCGAUACUGGAAAGGGAUUCAGUUCCGUCGAUGCCAAACGCCUAAUGCAAAGGUUCAGCCAAUUGGGUGAGAAUGGGUCACAGCAAAACGCUGGUAGUGGUCUGGGCCUGUUUUUGUCCAAGCAACUCGUGGAAAUGCACGGUGGCAAGCUCACCCCGAGUAGCAAAGAAGGACAGGGAGCUAAAUUCUCCUUCAAUGUGAAGGUUGAUGCUCCUGCACCUCCGUCGCCGUCUGAAAGGCUAGGGUUACUUCGUCAGCCCUCAAGUGCGUCUAGGAGACCGGGAACGUCCAGAUUGAGCUCUUACGAGCAGAACACAACGGUGCCAGCAAAAUUUUCUGAUCCCAAGCUGCAAGAUCUUCCAAAUCUGUCGCCUGCCAUAGAUUCCCCAUCUGUGUCGCCUGAAUUAACCGCGGACUCUGGUUCAAAGGGUCUCUUCCCGUCUUCCAAUGUGUCGUCCGCUCUCCCAACUCCAGAUAUUGGCACCGUGCAUAUAGCAUCGAGCUUGGACCAAGCCUUCAGUCCCAGUGCAUCGAGCCUAUCAACCCGUCCGGCUCCGCCAAUAUCCCAAAGCGCUGUAUCCCCGACCAAUGGAUCCGGAAGACCCACUUUAGUAACCCCGGAAGGUCCCCUCUCAAUCGUCAUUGUCUGUCCUCUUGACAACACACGUGACGCGGCAAAGCAACACAUCGAGCAGGUCAUACCGCAUGAUAUUCCAUUUACCAUCACAACUCUACCCGAUGUCGAUGAGUGGAAAGACAUGAUGCAUUCGGGAUUCAACGCGAAGUGCACUCAUCUGGUUCUUAACCUACCUGCAACAGAUGACAUCAUUGAAGUCGUUCAGCAGGUGUCGGAGCUCGACAAGGAAAAUGCUCCCGCCGUCGUCAUCGUCUCAGACCCUUACCAAAAGCGCCAAAUUGCCGCACGAGUGUCUGAGUUUGCUGGUACAGGGAAGCAGGUGUUCGUCGUGAACAAGCCUGUCAAGCCUUCGGCGUUCUCGAGCAUCUUCGACCCCGAGAAGAAGCGCGAAUUGAGCAUGGACCGUAGAGAUGACGAAAAGCGGGACGACAAUAACAAUUUCAAGACCGUUUCCAAGAUGGUCAAAGAAGUUCUUGGCAACAAGGGCUACCGCAUUCUGCUGGUGGAGGACGACGAGACCAAUCGCAAUGUCAUGCUGAAGUACCUGCACAAGAUCAAGCUCUCGUCGGAGACUGCAGCUGAUGGACAGGAGUGCAUUGACAUGGUGUUUUCAAAAGAGCCGGGUUACUACUCUCUCAUCAUUUGCGAUAUUCAGAUGCCCGUGAAGAACGGCUACGACACUUGUCGCGAGAUUCGGAGCUGGGAACAAAAGAACCACUACCCCCAGAUUCCGAUCAUGGCUCUUUCAGCAAAUGCGAUGAAGGAUCAAAUCCAAGAUGCUGCCCAGGCAGGCUUCAACGACUACGUUACCAAGCCUAUCAGGCACAAUGACCUGGGUAGAGCGAUGAUGGAACUUCUUGAUCCCAGUCGACCUCUCUUGUUCCUCCGGGACCGUCUUGCUCUUGACGAGCAAGAUCCAACCAUUAGCCACUAA